GACACACACACACACAGAGAGAGAGAGAGAGAGAAACAGCCUGUGAUUGUGAAACUGUUCCUGCAUUGGGUUUCAGUGUUCACAUGUUUGCUGUGAGUUCAGUUCUUCAGAAUCACUGGAAAUCACCAGCACACAUUUCAGAUGAGCAGAAUGUUCCAGAUGCUUCAGUUCCUGGUUCCCUCAGAACCCAACAGAUCCAGAAACACCUGCAGAUCUCAAGCGACCGACAGUUCACAGGAGUUUCUCAAACACAUCCGGACGAUCAUCGGACUGAGAGAGGACGACAUGUUUCAUAACUUGCGCAUCCCAAACCAGCUCCAGACAGACCGAGAUGAGAUCAACCUGGUGAUAAUCACAGGUCACGGUGUGUUUUGUGUGGAUGUGAAGAGCUGGAGCGCAUGUGUUUCUGUACAGGAUGAGACUCACUGGCUCCUGCAGGUGAAAUCAGAGCAGCAGAACAUCACUAACAUCUGUGUGGAGCAGGUGCCUGACGCUCUGAAGAACAUCACUAUGAAGACGAGGAACCUGUGCAGUCACAUGACACGCUGUGGUCUGAACAUCCGGCCGGAUCUUUUCUAUCCCAGAAUCCUCUUCCAGUCAUCAGACUGUGUUCUCAGUGACGAUCUGAGGAACAGAAGUGAGCUGGUGUCCCACACUGAUCUCCACAUGUUCCUCAGAUCCAUCACAGAAACACACGUGUCCUGGAUCUCACAUCUCUUCAUCCCGUCCUGGAUCUCCGGGCACUUGUCGUACAGUCAGAUGCGAGCGAUUCGAGAGCGACUGCGACUCAUGAAGACUUGGGAUCUGCUGCAGAUGUGCAACGGGACACAACUGAAGGGCGACUAUCAGACCUGCAAACAUCUCAACAUCAACAGACAUGACACAGAACAACUGAACUUCAGCAGAGGACGAACCAGCACUGACAUACUGUGGAGACUCCUGGGACACACACCACAGGUGACCGUCAGGAUGUAUAAACGCGGCGCUCCGGGAUGGCUGGGUAAACCGCUGAUCGCCACGGCAACCAUCCCAUCAUCCUCACAUGCGAUGUUCCGUAUCCGUGGAGAAGAAACAGACACAGAGAUACCAGCACACGACAUUCAGUCCAUCACACUGAGUAUCUAACCUCAAACUCCAGAUUCACAUCAUGUGAUUUAUCAUGUAUUUGAUUUCUCUGCAUGUUUCUCACGACCUCUUUCAUGGACAUCUCGCUACAUGUCAUUAGUGUUCACAUAUUUUAACCAAAUUUGCUAUUUGAAUAGACUAAUGACAAGUCAUAUUUUAUUCACCUUCAUGUCGUUCAGUGGAAAAUAAAAGGGGAUGUUUAGCAGAAUGGAUUUUCAGUGAAUAAAGUAAAUUUCUUAUCUACCGUAAUGAAUCCUUUAAACUCGGGUGGCGAAUAUAGCGAGUAACAACUUAUUAUACAGUAUGUCUUUGACAAUUAUGUUGGUGUUGCUUAUAUGCUGCAUGUUCGCUUAUAACUUCACGAAACAUUAACAGACCAUAAAAUAUCCCAUAUGAUUAUUUAGAGGAGGUGAUUAUCUUUCAAACGAGUCCACACACAAGAUAAUCAGAUGUAUAGAUCAUUAGAUAAUCCACAAUGAUGACUCAAUGAUGCCUCAAAUGACACAGAAUGAAACUCAUUCUGUGAAAUCUCAUGACUAAAAUCAUGUCUGCAUGCUAUGCAAACCUUUAGUCAUUGUUGUGUUUGCAUGUGUAAUUAGUUCUUAUGUACAAUUAUUAUCUUUUAUUUGUUUGGAGAUGUUUUUGGACACUAUGAUACAUUAUAUUUGUAAUGUUGGAACUUUUGAUUGAUUAGUCGAAUCAACACAAAAUUGUCUCAUAAUCUGACAUAGAUGACAUGAUUGAGAACAAAACAUAAAAAAUAAAAAGUACAUUUUUGGUUCAAAUUGUUGUUAUUUUUCAGCAGUUUCUUAGGCUUAGUGUGUGUGUGUGUUUGCGCUUGUGUGUAUGUGAGUGUGUGUAUGUGAGUGUAUGUUAGAGUGUGUGUGUGCGUGUGUUUGCGCUUGUGUGUAUGUGAGUGUGUGUUAGAGUGUGUGUGUGCGUGUGUUUGCGCUUGUGUGUUAGAGUGUGUGUGUGCGUGUGUAUGGCAGGUUGAGUCGGAUCAGGACCAGAUCUGUUCACAUGGAGUUUAAACCAGUAGGUCACAUGUCUGACCACAUCCUGUCGCAGCUGUGGACUUCCUGUGUAAGUGUGAUUUAAUUCUUUAUUAAUUGUCUGAUGAUCAUCAGUAUUAUUGAUGACAGAGUGAUUCUGUUAGAGGUGACCCCUUCAUGACCUGCGCUGACCCCAGGUGCCAGACCCCUCACCUGCUGUGGAGAGAAUGUCCACUGGCUCAGAGGUCAGAGGUCACUGUCUUGACCCCAGCAGUGACGUGUGUUUGAGGUCAGUGAACUACAGUUUUGACCAGUGAAU